CCUUCCUCCCACUCCCUCCUUCUGUCUCAAAGCUUCUGGUUAUGCUUGCUUGUGCCAGACCAAAUGCAUAGUGAGUACUGGGGAACAAGAUCUGCCGCAGGAGCCAGUAGUCAAGGAGGGGAAGCUCAUUGAGAACUAACAGUAGGAGGAACACCGCACAGAGGCACACAACAAAGAGACACAAGAACACCAGCAUCAGCUCAUCAAAGCUGCAGACAGUGACUUCUACACCAGCGCAGGGGUUUCAUUUAAAUAAGAAAUUAUUCUUCCCGUGCAAUGAUGUUGUGAAGUCCAGGACUGUGCUCUGUAAACAUGGAGAUGCUACGCCGCUCAUCUGUGUUUGCUGCAGAGGUUUUAGAAGUUUUUGACAGAUCCCCCACCGAUAAGGAACUGGUAGCACAAGGUAAAGCUUUAUGCAGAGACUAUAUCCAGGCCCGACUUCAGCGAGCUGGUCUUGGAUGGAGCAAGCCAGAACAUGGCAUCUCUUCUACAGCAGGUGGACGUAUGGCAGAGGUAUCUGCAACAUUUCUGAGACUGGGAGAUGAGCUUGAAUAUAUGAGGCCAGCUGUAUAUCGCAACAUUGCCCGACAGCUGAACAUUUCCCUCACCUCAGAGUCUGUUCUGUCUGAUGCAUUCCUUGCAGUUGCUGCAGAAAUAUUUUCAGCAGGCAUCACAUGGGGUAAGGUGGUCUCACUGUAUGCAGUGGCAGCAGGACUCGCAGUUGACUGUGUGAAGUUCUCUCAGCCGGCACUGGUUCUGACCAUUGUGGACUGCCUAGGAGAAUUUAUACGCAAGACAUUGGUCACAUGGCUCAAACGCAGAGGAGGAUGGACGGAUGUAACAAAAUGUGUCGUCACCACUGAUCCUGGUCUAAGAUCCCACUGGUUGGUCUCCAGCGCCUGCAACUUGGGCCACUUUUUGAAGGCAGUAAUAUUUUUCCUGCUUCGAGAGCGGUAAACUCUUCUCAUGGUUCCAUUGUUCUGAACUAAAUGCAGCUUCGAUGACAAGUCAUUUACUGCCGACUCUGCUUCCAAUCAUUGUCCGUGUCCUGGUCCGACCGCUGCUCUACAGUCAACUCCUUGUGGAAUAACCAUGUUCACGAGAAUGAAAGUUUGACUCUGACGUCGACUUAUACAGAGAUACCAGACAGUGCUGUCCCAUUCCCUCAGUCUCAGAGCUAUUCCUGUACAGACAGAAUUUGGCACUCUCUGUGUUUCCGCCUGUACUUUUGAUGAACUCUUAAAAAUUAACCCAUUACUCUUGUAUUAUUGCUGAGCCAAAACCCCUGGACGCAACAAGUAGCUCUGCUGAGCUGUCAGAAAUACUACACCAGUAUUGGAGAAACAAAUGAUAAAGGAGUAAGACUCUA